AAGAGGCCGGGAGCUACUCAAGUGUGCUAACCUAGUCAGUCAGAAAGGUGUCACCUUAUUGUGUCAUUGUAUUCGAGAAUACAUCAGCGCUUUUUUUUUUUUUUUUCUUGCCCCAGACGUGCCGACCUUGGAAAUGUAAACGCUGAUGCUUUUCCUGAGGACCGGGAAGCAGAGUAACUGCAAGCAUCAAAUUAAAGGUACUGGAAGAGGAACUUGACCCAUUGAAUCAAGUCGAGUCACAUUUUUUUCUGCUCAUAAUGGGUUUGGAGGCUCUGCUGUAUGCAUGACUUAUGUGCGACCUGAUGGGAGGAUACUGUGGCUAGCACUUUCAUCAGGAUACAAGGAGAGACAUCUCAUGCCCGCCACUUAGGUGGAGGCCCAGCCAGAAUGAAGAAGAUCAGCCUUAAGACCAUUCGGAAGUCGCUGAGCAUAAAGGGCAAAGAUGAUGGUGACUUUGUCAUGCUCCAGCAGCCCCCAGUGGCCGCAGAGUUCUCAAAGGACGAGUCACUUUUCGGUGGCUGCUACACCAAAGACCUUUCCGUGUGUGAUCUGGGUGGCGAUGAAGACAAAGGUGCACAAAAUAAGAGUCGUUCAAAGAGUGAGGGCCUGAUGGGAUCACUUAAGAGAAGGCUGUCCGCCAAGCAAAAGGCAAAGACCAAAGCCGGUCCCUCUGCAAUUAGCUCAACGGACGAUGAGGACACCUUCUCCUCCUCUUCUGUGCCCAUCAGCUUCAACGAGGUUAAAGCCCAGAGACCUCUAAGGUCUGCGUCACUACGGAGUCACCACUAUAGCCCCUCACCAUGGCCUCUGCGGCCGGUCAACUCUGACGAAGCUUGUAUUAAGAUGGAGGUCAAAGUUAAAGCCAUGGUUCACUCUCCUAGCCCCAGCCCCAAUUUAAAUGGAAUCCGAAAGGAAUUCAGCGAUUUUCAGAUGGAUGGGCUCUUUCAGGACCAACCUGAAUCUUUAAAAAACCUCCAGCAGCCACAAAAUGGUGAGCUGCAUCUAAAUAUUGAUGACAAUGAUGUGCCUGUGGUGCUGGGGUUGACGCCCCAAGACUACAUUCAGUACACAAUGCCUUUAGAUGAGGGAAUGUUUCCAGAAGGGUCCCACUCCUUCUGUCUGGACAGCGCGUCUCCUAUGGAGGUGGUGGCAGACGCAGACAAUGGGUCCCUACUGAUGCAUCAGGGACAGGAGGAGCAUGAGAUGGUUGGCGGUUUACCUCCAGACCUUUUCAUGGACACCUCAGUCAAUAGUCUUUUUAUCGGUUCUGCUGGCGUCAUGCUUCAAAGCUCAAGAGGAGAGGUCCCGGCUCCCCUCUCUCCCCUUCUGUCUCCCAUGAGCAGUAACGGCCAUUUUCCAAGGACGUUCUCUGGCUUCAGCUCCUCAGACAGCCAGGUUGCCGAGAGAGUUAGACACCACCUCAACUUUGAUCCCAAUUCAGCUCCUGGAGUCAGCAGAGUGUAUGACUCUGUCCAAAGCAGCGGGCCCAUGGUGGUGACCAGCCUAACACAGGAGCUAAAGAAGCUGGCGAAGCAGGGCUGGUACUGGGGCCCAAUCACGCGGUGGGAGGCGGAGGAAAAGCUCAUCAACUUGGCCGAUGGCUCGUUUUUGGUCCGAGACAGCUCGGAUGACAGGUACCUGCUCAGCCUGAGUUUCAGGUCACAGGGCAAAACUCUUCACACCCGGAUCGAGCAUUCCAACGGACGCUUCAGCUUUUAUGAGCAGCCUGACGUGGAAGGACACACGUCAAUUGUGGACCUCAUCGAACACUCAAUAAAAGACUCGGAGAAUGGUGCUUUUUGUUAUUCCAGGUCUCGCUUACCAGGGUCGGCAACAUACCCUGUCAGACUCACCAACCCCGUGUCUCGAUUUAUGCAAGUGCGCUCCCUGCAAUACCUUUGUCGCUUUGUCAUUAGACAAUACACAAGGAUAGACCUUAUCCAGAAACUGCCCUUACCUAACAAGAUGAAAGAUUAUCUACAGGAGAAGCACUACUGACACACACAGGACAGUGGUGGCUGUUUUGCACUUUUUAUGUUUAGUGAGGUGUACACAAGGUUUACACACCCCUAACCCUUUUGAGAUGAUAGGUUUACUUGGAGAGCAAACACACAGAAACCGCCGCCGCAACAAGUAAUCCCAGUUCUACAAUGAAAUGCUGAAACAAAGCCUACAUAAAAUUCAAAAUUUAAGGUGACUUGUACAUUGAUAUGCAUUGUUAUUAUGAAGUUGGAAGGAUUUCACAUUGACCUUUUUUGGCCUAAAAAACAUUGCCGGCAAAACUCUCUUCAAACUGACCAGUUGUAUCAUUUUCUAUUUCAUUGCAAUAGAUGUUUGCUAACACAUUCAUGCACGUGAAAACAACUUUUCAUGUUAACCUGCAUUGAUUGUUGAAACAAACAACUUAUCAGAAAAUGCAAUUUAUUCACUGGAUGUUUUUCCUAGAAUUAAUCAGUCUGUCUCUGUGUAAUACAGGUGACAUGUUAAAAAUGUGUUCUUCACUGUGCGUCAACUGGUGAAUGCUUUGGUUUUGUGGUAGAACCCGAGAAAGCACAAAGCUCUAUCAUAAUAGACUUGGAGAUCUGAAGAUUGCUCCGUUGCAAAAACAAAUGCCACAUGAAUAUGAAAUGUUUUUUUUUUCUCUUUUUAAAUAAAAUUCUGUGUCGUGACAUGCAUGAUGCGCAAGUAGCCACAGUUUAUGGCGUUCUAAAAUUGAGACAUGUUAAACAAUUGGUCAUGCACAAUGAGCUUUAAAUUAACUUCUGGCUAUAUGGAGCCAUUCAAUAUUAUGCAAGUCUAACGGUACUGAUGAUGCUGGAAAUUAUUUUUUUUUCCCAUGUUGUGCUGUUUGUGGAAACAGCAGUGUUAAUCUUGUGCUAUAGAAAUAAGUGGGACCUAUUAUGCUUGUUUGUGAUUUACGAUACGAAGUUUCAAACAAUACUGAGGCAAACAUGCCAAAAUAGUGUUUCUAUUCUUAUUUUCUAUUACAUUAGCUCGUCCCUGAUGUCUGUGAUUGGUUUUCUGAUAAAGGCAACUACAAUUUUGGGCUUUAGAAAUACGGGCCUGUUUGAACAAUUAAAGGGUAGCUAAUUUAGAAUUACACUGCCAGUGUAAAGUUUGCACUUGGUUUCUCAGCCAAUAUCAUGAGAAAGUGUCAAAACGUUUGACUGGUAGUGCAUUUUCCUAGUUCGGUUGUUGGAAAAAGCAAGUUGAGCACAAUAGGUCCCCCUUUAAAGUACGUAUUUUUGUGUAAUGAAUACUCCACAGCAGCUACAGUGAAGAAAUGUGCUACUCUUUUUAAAUCUGGUUAUGUGCAUGUCGUGAAGGCUUCAACAGUUGACCUCAAUGAGAAAAGAUGUCACAAUGGGUUUCGCCACAUUACGUAAACCCGAAUAAACCCGUGAUGUGGUUUCUAAUUAGAAACGAGGACUUGAGAACAGACCUGUCGUCACUUGACCUGAAUCCGUAUGCAGUGACUCCUGUGUCUUAAAGUUUGACCCAGAUUAAUUCAAUACCUAAAAUGGUGUGAGCCCUGUGUGAAAGGAUUUAGGAAAUCCAUGGUUGGCAUAAUGUCAAGGUCUCAGCUUAUGACAAUUUCAUUAAAGUUGCUUGGCUUCAUUAGCACCGUGUGAGUUUAGGGGGGUUGGGGGGGGGGGGGGGGGGGGGGGGGUGAAUACUCAAAAUACAGUUUUGCAUCGUCCAGCAGUUUCUCCAACGUAAAGGGAAAAGCACAUACCUUCAUUAUACAAGUGCUUUAUACGGAUACCUUGAUAGGGAAUUCCGGUAAUGUGAGUUUUGACACUAGGGGCUGAGUAUUUGAAGAUGGGCCUUCAGACAAGUGAUAGGGCGUUAGUUUUAGUUAGCUGGAAAUGUUGAUGUCUGAAAAAUUAGGAGCUGAAUGGUAUUGCAUGUUGUAGCUUUCUAAAGCAUUUGAGUUGAAUAGGAAUGAAGGAUCUAGGUUAUGCUAUCCUGUUUUAUUUGGGAUGUUUUCUUUCUGUCAAACGCGUUGGGAAUUCCUUUUCUUUUACAAUCUUUAGUUUUAUAUGUGUGACAAUUACCAUCUAGGGGGAUUUGCGACACACGAAAAGAAACGUGUGCUUGUUUGGAGUAGAAUUAGGAAAACAAACUACAUUGAAGAAUUAUUUUGCACUUGGAUUCUCAGAUUUUACAUCCUGCCAAGAAUUGUCCUUCACAGUCGCACGGUAGUCGUUAUUUCUUCAUGUAAGCGUUUGUUUAACUAUUUACUGUAAUUAGUUUGGUGUCAUACCGUAUGUGUGAAACAUGAAGGGGAAGGCACCAGCAUCCUCGCCAGAUAGGCGGAUCAUGAAUGUGGAUGUACAUUUGUUUGAAAUGUGAAAGUAAGAUGUUUUUAAUAUGAUGUUCAUUCAGUUCAAUUUCCGUUUUGAUCUGGAAUUCAUUGUCACAUUUUUGAUGAGCGGGAAUCCUUUUCUACAGUGUUGCAGCUGUGAUUUGUUUUCCACCCCCUCAAAACUUUUAAUGUUGUUUAUUAUUAAGCAUUAAUACCUUCACUAUGUGAUUCCAGAUCUUGAUACGUGUUCAGGCUGCUGUUCCGCGCUUAACAAGCAUCACACAUUUUCUGUGUAUCUCGAUAAAUGAAGGUGAUUGUUUACAACAUUCAUUUUGGAAAAGCCCACCUCGUCCAUGUUUUGUUGACGUCUCUCAAAUAUAUUGGUACAAGACUGUCAUGUGUUGUACAAUUUUUUGCUGCUUACGGAAAAGAAUUGCCUUUCUUGUAUUUAACAAUGGGGGCACAAGAAUGUCGCCAAUUUCGACGUAUGUUCACUCGAUGGUGUGUCGUCAUCUUGGGGGAGCAACGCAGAUUUGCAAUUUGUUCAAAACUAGAUUUCAGUUCAAAAGAGCAUUCGUAGUAAUUAGUCAACAUUCUUGAGAAUUACUAGUUCAAAUCUGUUUACAUUGGUUGUCAACUUCCCAAAGUAGACAGUCUUUUUGUAAUUUCUUUUGUUAAUCAGCAGUGAUUUAUUGCACAUUUUGGAUACAGUUUAAGAGGUUUUUGUAUCUGCCAAUUAUAAAUUAUAAAUAAAAAAAAACUAUAUUCUAAAAAGUAUUGCUUUGGUUUCCAGUACUUAAUUUUUCCUACUUAAGACUGGCAUCACAAAAGUGAAAACUAGACAUACUGUAAGUAGCACUGUUACUAUUGUCUGUUAAAAUAAACCAUUUAUUCAACAAUGUAACAUUAGUUCCCGACAAGGACUAUUAAGGUCACACUGAACCGGAAAAAAUGAGAAAGAUGUUAUAAUGGUGCAGGAAUGGACAUAGUUAAAAUCCACACUUUUAUUAUCUGUAAUAUUGUAACAUAAUUCUUGUAGUUUUUUAAUAUAAUUUUUGUGUAUUUGUUACUUUA